AUGAAAAUCAAGGGACCUCCACUUUCAAGAAAAUGUCAGAUAAUUGAACUUUCAAAUGAUGGGGCUACAUGUUCACAUGGUUCUAUGUUAAAAAUAGUUGAUCAAGUCUCUCAUUCGUUUCAUCAUGCUUGUUCAGCAUUUCGUAACAAAGGUGAAUGUGAGAAACAACACCUCUAUCAGAAUAGUACCACAAGAAAUUGGUCGUUGGAGGGUAUUCUGAGGAUAAGUCAGUCAGACAGAGCCUAUUGUUACACUUGUGAUUGUUUGUUUUCGUUAUCACUUAGUGGACAAAAGCAUGAGGCGCACGAAUAUAAAAAAAAUCUAUCAAAUAAUUUGUUAGGAAUGCCAUCAUACUUACUAAAGCCACUGAAAGAUUCCAAGGCUCAUGCACAAUAUUUUUUCUCUCUAGAUUGUUUAAAUCAACUGUACUCCAUUAUUCAAAAACUGUCAGUCAACUAUGUCAUCUGUAUUGGUUCACCACGUUUACAUGAUUUCAUACAACUUCAUCGCAUACAUAAAGGACAGUUAUUGGACUCAUAUUUAUUAGAUAUGGACUUUCGACUAUCUAGCUUCUAUAGUUCACAUCGUUUUUCACGGUUCAAUAUGGUAAAUGGAUUUUUCUUCGGUGAAAAUGAGGAGGGAAAUUUUCACAAUUUCAUCAAGGAUCAUGUAAAGCCUAGUGAUAAAUGCUUGAUAUUUUGUGACCCUCCAUUCGCUUCACCAUUGUCAUUAAUUAUGAAACAGAUCAGAACCUUGAGCAAAUCAAUCAUACAAUGUAUUUCAAAUUUCCAAAUUACUGAAAACAACUGCGCUAGUUUAGAUGAAAAUCAUAUUCCUUAUUUGCUAGCUCUUCCAUUUUUCUUUGAGAAAAAGCUUCAGAAGAUUGCUCCAUUCUUGAACUUACUGGAUUAUAAAAUCACUUAUGAAAAUCACUCCCGAUUGGAUUGUGAUAUUACCGACAAUGGGGACCACGGGGAUGCAAAUAAUAGAACUGGUGACAGUUCAAAUAGAGGACAGAGGCGCGACUCGAUUGUACGCUUAUUCACAAGUUUACCACCUUCUUUGGUACACCCGCCUAAAGCGAUGGAGAAAUAUUUCAGGUUUUGUGAAAUUUGCCAACGUUACUCGCACAUCUUAAAUCUACACUGUCCUAAAUGUGAUCGUUGCACAACUAAAAGUGGACCAACGUAUGUGCACUGUGAUAAAUGUGGUCGUUGUAGGCCUGCAAAGAAAUUUCAUUGUAAUAAAUGUAAACAUUGUGUAUCAGUCAACCAAUGCGUUCAUCGUUUCAAGCGUAAAAAGCUUCAUUCUAGUACACCUGAUUAUUGUUAA